AUGCCCCCUAAUUGGCCCAAUCUCUCUGAGUGCCUCCCCCAAAACUGCAGCUGGGCCGAGCACCGCAACUCCACCCUGACCCUCGAUGACCUCCCCCCGCUCAACUACUACACCCUCCCCCUCCUCACCGCCAUCACCGUGGCGUGCACGCUGCUCUUUGUGGUGGGUGUGGCCGGCAACGUGAUGACCAUCCUGGUGGUGAGCAGGUACCGGGACAUGCGCACCACCACCAACCUGUACCUGUGCAGCAUGGCCGUGUCCGACCUGCUCAUCUUCCUGUGCAUGCCGCUCGACCUCUACCGCAUGUGGCGCUACCGGCCGUGGCGCCUGGGGGAUGCGCUCUGCAAGCUUUUCCAGUUCGUGUCCGAGUCCAGCACCUACUCCACCAUCCUGAGCAUCACUGCCCUCUCCGUGGAGAGAUACGUGGCCAUCUGCUUCCCGCUGCGCGCCAAGGCCCUGGUGACCAAACGGCGAGUGCGCGGCCUCAUACUCCUCCUGUGGAGCGUGUCCCUAAUGAGCGCUGGGCCCGUCUUCGUCAUGGUGGGAGUGGAGCAGGACGACAUUGGACCGAGCGUGUACGGCUUCGACGUCAACGACACCCAAGCCCCCCUGUACGACUAUUUCGGGGACACCCGGGAGUGCAAGAUGACGCACUACGCCGUGGAGUCGGGCCUGAUGGGCGCCAUGGUGUGGCUGAGCUCCAUGUUCUUCUUUGCGCCAGUCUUCUGUCUGACGGUGCUCUACAGCCUGAUAGGACGCCGCCUGUGGCAGAGACACCGGGAGACCAACAUCAGCUCAUGUGUGGCUCACAGGGACAAGAGCAACAGGCAGACCAUCAAGAUGCUGGUGGUGGUGGUGUUGGCCUUCGUCCUGUGCUGGCUGCCCUUCCACGUUUGUCGCUACCUGCAGUUCCGCUCCCUGGAUGCGCCGUCUCCGCUGCUGUCCGCCUUGUCCGAGCACUGCAGCUUCGUGUCGGUGGUCCUCUUCUACCUGAGCGCCGCCAUCAACCCCAUCCUCUACAACACCAUGUCCUGGAAGUACCGGGGAGCGGCGGCUCGCCUCUUCGGACUGAACGACCACCAGCCGCCGCGGGCGCGCACAGCCAGCACCCUGAAGGCCGACGGGUGGACGGAAUCGACCAUCAGCUUCUAAACGUGACUCCUGAGAGUUCCUGCGUGGUAGCAGUUGUAAAAAAGCCCCCAAAUAUCUGCUUUGUACAUUAUUCUAGCAGACUGAUACUCUUAAUAACAUAAGCUAUUCUUGUAUCGGACUGUAUUCAUUUCCUGGAUGACAAUGAAAGCACUGUAGAACUUGUGAUCUUGUGUGUGUGUGUGUGUGUGUGUGUUGCGUGUGUGUACACAUUGUGUACCAAAUCCAAUUUGGGAUGCGAGUCACAUAAACUGGAACCUCUAAAGUUAGAACACGUUAUUUGAAUUUCCUUUCCAUUUGUUUUCCUUUAAAUGACAAAAAACUCGAGUUACUGCAACUUACGAUUCUUAACUGUCGCACGAGUGUAGAUUUCAGUUAACCACUGUAUUAAAAUGAGUAAAUACAACGAAAAUAAACCAAAACUAUGAGCUUAUGAGCUGAGCGACUGGGUGGGUUGGACAGUGGUAAAUAGUUUACAUGGUGCAAUCCUGUUUCAGUCUUGGCAGGUGCUUCAUAGGUAUUGCUUCCAUUAGAUCAGGGAUGUCCAAAGUGUGGCCCGGGGGGCCAUUUGCUGCCCAUGGCUGUUUUUGUUAUUGGCCUGUGGCACAUUCUAAAAAUAUAAUUUAACAAGAAACCUAAAAAAACCCAGCAAAAAUGUAAAAAUCUGCAAUAAUUUUGCUGAAUUAAA